AUGCGUGUUCCUGCAAACGCCAGAACGUCAUUGUCCGGUGCGUUCCAAAACAUCUACUUGCAGGUGGACGACCAAAUCUACGGGUGGGGCUCCAAUACGAAAUGCCAGCUGUCCGAGCCAAAGUGUCGGCUCAUUGACAAGCCAACAGUGGUUUACAGCGGCUCCCGUGUGAGCCAGCUCAACGUCGGGAAAAAUUUUGUAUGCUUUCUCGAUGUAGAUCGCUUUGUGCUAAUGGGAUCUUUGAAGGAACUCGAAUCUCUAAUUGCUGUGGAUGCGCAAAACAUCCAAAGUGCGAAAACUCCGGCAGACAAGGUCCGAAUGCUUGCUAUGUGGUCCUCCGUUCACCUUUCCGCGCGCAACCGCGUCUUGUCGUACGGCCAUGGAACUCACGGCCAGCUAUUAAAAGACCCAGCCCCGGGACACAUCACAACGCUUGCAGUUGGUAGCGAGCACGGAAUAAUGUGUACUGAAGGCAAAGCCGUGUUCUGUUGGGGCUGGGGCGAACACGGGAAUUGCGGUAGACUGCAGCAAACCGGUGCAACCUGUGAGUGCGGCAAUGAUGAUGAAGAAGAAAACGACGGCUCCAACGUUGUCAGUCCGCUGAACCCUGUCUACGAGGCCAAAAAAGAUGAAACUGUUGUCAGCUGCUUCGGUGGCUGCGCGACAACCUGGAUCUGUAUCUUCAAUCCUACCUUGGUCGCAGCACCCUAG